AUGCGCGCCGGUGCCCGGGCCCUCGCGGCCGGCGUAGCGGUGCUGGUGCUGCUGCGCACUGCGGCGCUGGGUGCGGCGUUCGACCACAGCCGGCAGGGCUCGGACCUGGGGAAGUUCUUCCGCACGGUGGACACGGACGGCGACGGACUGAUCGGGGACGAGGAGGCGUUCGCGUACGUCCGCGACAAGGUCGGGGGCAGCGCGUACGAUGAGCCUUCCGAGCUGGAGGGCGCAGUCAAGGCGAUGGUGUCGCGGCUUGACGGGGAGGACGCCGGCGGGACGGUGGACGUCAGCGAGAUGAAGCUCCACCUGAACGGUCUGCACAAGUCGUACCGCGUCGCAGAGUGGGUCCGGCACGGCCUCGGGCUGCCGCAGUACGCGAAGGCGUUCCUCGACAACGCGGUCACGGCGCGCGACUUCCCCAUCCUGGUCAACGACGGCGGACGCACGCUGAAGGAGGACCUGGGUGUCGAGUCGCAGCUCCACCGGUCCAUGCUCAUCCGCGCGUUCAAGAUGCAGAUUCUGGGCCUCGGCCGGGCGCCGGCGGGCCCGAGCGACCUGAGAUGCCAGGCCGUGGGGUGCAGGGCCGUGAAGCUCUCGUGGACGCCGCCACAGGAUCCUGGCGACCCUCCGAUGCACAAGUACGUCGUCGAGCGCAAGGUCGCGGGCGCGCCGGUCGCCCUGGGGGGUGGGUUCUCCGGCAAGUGGAAGCACCAGGGCGACGUGGACGACGAGGACGCGGAGUUCAUCGACACGGACAUCGUGCACCCGGGCGCGCUGUACGUGUACAGGGUGCUGGCGUGGGGCGCGGCGGGCCGUGGGCUGCGCGCAGCGGAGGUGUCCUGCACGCUGCAGUUCAUGGGCGGCGCGUGCACGGUCUCCGAGAAGUCCGGCAUGGACACGGACACGUCGGUGCUGCACGACACCGCCACCGCGUACAGCAGGGGGGUCGGACAAGACACCCCGGGAGGUCCCCUGGACACCGCCUCCGCUCUGGACCUGAACUCGCGCGCCGCAACGGGCCGCCGCUGGGUCCCUGGCUGGCUGCUGUGGGGUCUGGGCUCCAUGUCUAGCGCGCUCGUCGUGGCCGCGGGCGUGGUCGCGCGCUCCGCCACGUUCCUCAGCAUCGUCUCGCGCAUCGCGCGCUCGCGCCGCGCCGCCGCCGACGCCGACACGGAGGCCUGCACGGAGCCCCUCAUGAACAACAUCGCGGGCACCGCGUCGCCGGGGCGUGGGCGCAAGCGGAGCUCGGGCGCCACGAGCGGCUCGGACCUCAGCAUCGAGGUGGUGUCGUGCGACGAGGACGGCGAGCUCGAGCUGAGCAGCCCCCCGGCGGACGCGCCGUCGGGGGAGGCGCGCGAGAUGCUGGCGCUGCGGCGGUUCCACAAGUCGGUCUCGCGGCGCGGGGAGCGGGGCGCGCUCUCCGCGCCGCGGUCGAACGGGCGCAGGUCGCCGCAGGGGAGGUGGCCGCGUGCGGCGGCGGCGGCGCUGGAGUAUGCGCGCCGCGAGAAGGAGGACAGUCUGGUGAGGAUGACGGAGGGGCUGGCGGAGGAGCGGGCCGCGGGGGAGGAGCAGGGGCGCGGCAGCCGGCCGGAGUCGCAGACGGGGGGGUCGCGGGACAACAGCGUGCACGGGGCGCGUGGGACGGGGGAGGCGGCGGCGGCGUCGGCGCACCGGGGGCCGGGGGCGUGCGCGGAGCCGUCGUGCGCCGUGCGGUUCGACCGGCUGAAGGACCUGGGGAAGAAGCUCGGGCGGCACCAGUGCGGGAUGUGCCAGAUGAUGUUCUGCGCAAAGCACACGGCGGUGACCUCGCACGGCGCGCUGUCCAAGUGCGCCAUGGACUCGCGGUGCCUGUGCCAGCGGUGCUUCGCGAGCCUCCCGGCGGAGCGCCGCGAGGCGAUCAUGCGCAGCGCGGUCGCCGCGGGCGGGAGCGUGCGGGCGUCGUUCCCAGGCGACAGUGCCAGCGGCCGCGCAGCAGUGGCAGCGGGGACGGGGGCGGCGUCGCGCAUUGGGCGCGUGUCGUCGCGGGCGCUGCGGACGGACAACAAAAGCGCGAAGCGCGAACGGAGCCGGUCGGCGGCGGAGACCACCGCACACCACGCGGGCGUCCAGCGCUGGCGGUCGGCGGUGACGAAGAUCCAAGCCGUGCAGGCGUUCGGGGAGGCCGGGGCGCGGGCGCAGCGGCCCCCGAAGCACGGGAGCCUGCGGACGAAGUGA